AGAUGGCGGCGGCGCUGAGGGUCGCGAAGCGCUUGAGGCUGGUGGCGGGAGUGCCGAGCCUCGCUUUUACUCGUUCUGCGUUUGUUGCAAAAAGACGUAAUUAUGACCAACCAAACUGGUUUGGAGUUGGCUUGGCGUUUAGCACCAGUGCUGCCUUGUGGGCUCUUCUUUUCAAGCAGCAUAAUGAAGAUGUAAUGGAAUAUGAAAGAAGAAAAGAAGAGAGACAACAUAAGUGUACAGGAUGUUCAUAGUCUACAGUGGGAAACAUUUUUCUCAGUUUCACUUGUAUAUUACACAUAAGAAUGAUAUGAAGUCAAUGCCUGUAGACUUGCAUUGUAGUGGAAAUUGUAUGUGGUGGUUGUCCUUUUCAAUGGAAAAAACAUAAUUGUGUUUCUGCUCUCUAAAAAAAAAAUCUAUUGGGGAUUAUGGCCUCAGAGCAAUUAAUAUGCCACAUGAAAGAAUUGCUUAUACUAGGUAUAGAAAAACUUGGAGUCCUGUGGUUAUUUUUGCUAUAAAUACUCAUCUCCAGCUAAAAAUACAGUAUGCUGUGAGAUGUUUCUAAACCAUAUUCAUUGUGUCUAUUUUUCUUGUUGCUAGGAUUUUUUUUUUUCCUCUU